UGUCAGAUAUUUAACAAUAAAACAAUGAAAGAAAAAAAGAAAGAAUUUUACUAUAAAAGUCUAGGAAGAAAAUCAGAAGCAGUUCAUCAAAUAGUUUAUAGGUGGCGCUGUGUUCUGUUGACUCCAAAACGAGGAAUCAAGAUGGAUGUAUUUUUAAUGUUACGAAGGAAGAAGGCGACUAUCUUCACAGAUGCAAAGGAGUCGACAACCGUGCAUGAAGUAAAGAGAAUAGUUGAAGGUAUUCUCAAGGUCAGACCUGAAGAUCAGAGGCUGUAUAAAGAUGAUCAGCCAUUGGACGACAAUAAGACAUUAGGAGACUAUGGUUUUACUUUUGCCACAGCUCGAGCACAAGCACCAGCUACUAUUGGAUUAGCUUUUAGACAAGAUGAUGGAGAAUUUGAGGCAUUAGAAGUAACACCUUUGUCUAAUCCUCCAGAAUUACCAGAUGUCAUGAAGCCACAGGAUACAGCCACACAUGCACAGGAACAAACAGCAUCAUAGUUCUCUCCUCAUUAUCAUCGGAUCAUCACGUUCAAGGGGAGAUAAUUCUCCAGUAUUUUUUUUAAGCCAUCAGUACUAGCAGUUAUUUUGACAUUUUAACUUAAUUUAUUUUGUACUUUUCCUGUACUGUUUAUUGUCUUUUUAAAGAGGAUGUGAAUGGUUGUUUGGUUGAAGAAGGAUGGAUGCAUGUUUAAGAACUGUUAACAAUUACUGCCAACUUAAAGUAUUUGCAAUGAUAUAAUCCAAUGCUACUUUAGUAGAGGCUUCAUGGUAAAUUAUAGAAGACAGCUGAGAACAGAUACAACAAUCUUAAAAAGAUAAAUAAGUUUUUACCCUUGUUCCGGGUCUUCCUUUUUCCAGUUCAGCUAUACAAAUUUUUCAUAAAAAUCAAAUGCUCCGUUAAUUUUUAUUUCUCCAUAUUUUAUCACUUUUAGAAGAAGAAAGGCCCAGUGAUGUCUAUUGAAGAAGGCAAUGAAUAUACAACUUUAUGUCAACACUAAUAAUAUCCAUAGUGCUUUUAUUUAUUUUAGUAUGGAGAACUUUUUCUUUAUUUGUGCCGGAUUUUUUUUUUUCCUUUUGAAACUUUUAUCAUUUUAUGUAAAUUUUCAAGAGGAAGUGUUUAAAUCCACUGAUAAUUGGUAAUGGAUACCCCAUACAUCAAAGGUAAAAGGUCAGAAAAUAUAUGUAUACACACAGUUUUGCAUUUAUACAUAAUUCCUUCUUGUAGAUUUAAAUUAUCUGAUUAAUAGGUCUAUUUAUUGAGCAGUAUUUGAAUUGAUUUGUUUAUACUUGUAUGCUUUUUUUUAUUACCAAGAACAAUUCUUUUUAUUAUAAAGUCAUGAACAUGUGUUAACAGUACCUGAAUUAACAGGAGACUAAUGAUUAAUAGGUUUCGGAGGAUUUACGGCUUCACAUACCGGUAGUUGAAAUGGUAAAGUCUUUCUCAAUUGUUCAAGUCCUUACAUUUACAUUUUCAAUAUUUUUGAAGUUGUUGGGUUGCUGUUCAAUGGACAUUUUCCUCACAUUUCCUUUUAUUUAUUUAAUAAAUAAUUUUAUCACAUUAUAAAAAAGGGUAAAUCAAUUAUAUAAUUACAGUUGAGCCUCACAUGUUUUUAUGUUCAUAGAUAUACAGUAUAAACAAUGAAAUCCAUAAAGCAACUCAAAUUUUCUGUAAAAGUCUCUAAGUAAAAUAUGUAAAUGUUUUUAAAUAUUUGCUGAAACUGUUUCAUAUUUAAACCUGCGAUACUCCAUAAAAUGUGUAUUGCAUUUCUUCAGUUCUGAGUUUGUUUCUGAUUCUUACUUAUUUAAAUAUUAUGAAAAAUUGUACAUGCAAUAAGUAGUUCAUUUAUUAAGAAUUAAAGAUGUAUGAAAAGUGUUUAGUGCUGUCUCGGCAGUGUGUUUGUACAUGUUUGUAUUGGACUGAAAUGUUACACGAUAUAAAUAUAGAAUGUA